CCCCGACGGCGAUCAAACUUUUUGCAUCCGCGUGAACGUCAAGUGCACGUGAGAACGAACUAGCCUUUGGCUGGAGAGACCGAGUCCGUGAGAAUCGUCAUUAAUCCUCGUCACUUGCAGGUUGCGCAUUCUCUCUUGUUAGAUUCUCAAGCUGAGGAACACUCGAAUCAUCGUCAGUAAGAACAGCCGACGUCGAGUUCAAAGACCUCAUAACAUCAUCAUCUUUAAUAUUGCAAGUAGCGCGCUGCGAACCAUCAGAUAUCAUUUUUGAUGCUGAAGCGAUAAUCGCAGUCAUGUCAUCGCGCCUUAUUGACUUGCGCCUGAAAUAACCAUCAAGAAUGUGCGUUGGUUUUUACACGCUCGAGCACCCGGAAUAUGCCCUCGUACUUUGCAGCAACCGCGACGAAUUCCUCGAACGACCCACAGACCCCGCUUGUUUUCACUCCUUCGAUAAGCCAAAGGAACAUCAUGAUGACCCUCCAGAGGGAAAUAUUCUCUCUGGCAUUGACGUUCGUGCCGGUGGAACCUGGUUGGGUGUCAAUCGGUCCGGAAGACUUGCCUUUUUAACAAACAUCACAGAAGAGUACAAGACGUAUGGUUCUUCCAGGGGUGACCUCGUUGCCAAUUUUCUUUCGUCCAAUUCAGAAGAGGACGUACAGAGUCUUAUCUCUCCCGAUACUAAAUAUGCAGGUUUUAAUUUAUUACUCUUGACACCAUCUACCCGUGGCGAACACGACUUGAUAUUCGAUGGAACGUAUGUCACGAACCAUGGCGGAGGAGGAACACUCAUUGUCCGCCCGUUGACUGAUACCGAGAGAAGACACGGCGGGAUGUCAAACGGCAUUGAUGGUAAAGGUGCUGAAACGUGGCCGAAAAUCCAACACGGGCUUCAUUUGUUUAAAUCAAUCAUGAAGGCGGUCUCGUCGACUACGCCGGAGAAGGAUCUAGCCGACGACCUCUUUGAGCUAUUGACUUGGAAGUCUUCGCAGCCGCCAAGCGCACGCUCAGAGUUGAGGAACACAGUACAAGUGGAGGCAUUUAAAAUACCAGGGUCGCAGGAAUUCUAUGGAACGCGUCUUUCGACGGUGAUACUAGUGAAAAGAACCGGAGAAGUGUUGUUUAUCGAGAGAGAUAUGUGGAAACUCGUUGAUGCCAAGCCUGUAUUGUCGGACCACUCUUCACAGCGUGAAUUUCGUUUUAUGUUGCAACCGGUUCAUUAAUGAUGUCUAUGUGGUUCGCCGCACGUUGUAUGAUGAUAGUACAGGGCAUGUAAUAUACAAGUGCUGUAGUUUUGCUACUCUAAGGCACAAGAUACUAAAGGCAUCAUAGUGAUCGUCACAGCCAGCAUGACGAAAGUGAAUAUAUUUGAAUGGGGCUGCAAGGACUAGCUCACGAUGGAACGGAUGCCCGCUCAUGUGAUGAUAUUACU